GAAAGAGGUUGGAGAUAAAAGCCAAAAGCGACUCUCCUUUUUCUCUUUCUAAAAGGAGAGAGCUAAUCUCUAGAUGCUUUGUUGCAAAGUUGGAGAUGUUCAGAUCCAAGUCAUGCAGAGAAGAGGUCAGAAGCAGCUGCAUCACCAACAAGUACCACUGCUUCAGUAAUGGAGGCAAUUCAGAAGCAGGAGUACCUAGCCCAACAUACCAGCAUCCUCCAGUGAUGCUGAGAUCUUACAGCACAUCAACUUAUAACGCAUACAAGAAUCCAACAAUGGUGAGAGAUGACUCCAACAGUAAAUCGAAAAGAAGCAAUAAGUCGAAGAAGAAAGGGUUGAAGGGUUUGUGUGAGGCAGAGAUUCAGAGGAAGAAGAGAGUGGCUGCUUAUAAUGUGUACGGUGUUGAAGGAAGAGUGAAGGGAUCUAUGAAGAAGAGCUUCAAAUGGUUCAAAGAGACUUGUUCAAAUGCUGUCUAUGGUCUGUGGUGAUCCAACCACAAAUCUUCUUCUCCUUGUUUCCCAUUGAUCUUGUAUGUUUUCAUUCUUGUUCGACGUAUGAUGAUUGUUGUAUCAACAAGAGAAUCAAGCUGAAUUAUUAAGCUAUGCUAAAUACAAUAUAGGGCCUUUAUCGCAUUUACAAUAUACUUCUCAUUCGUAGACAUCAAGGAUGAAGUAUGACAUAACCUGCAGCUCUCAGGUCAUCUCAAAACUCAUCUGCACAUGUGACAUAACCUGAAGCUGCAACUCUCAGGUCCUUUUAAGGCAAAGCAGUACAAUUAUUGCUUCCGUACAUCAAUCAUAAAAGCCUUCUUUCACUAUUUCUACUAGCAAAAAUGACCAUAUAUAUAUAUAUAUAUACCCACACAAUUCGCUGAAACAGUGAAACAUGAGAGGACUUCAAAUAUAUUAAAAAGAAAAACCCUUCUUUUGUACGGUUUCUCUUGCAGCCUCAAGUAUACACUUUACCACUUUAAAUCCCUCUGAAGCACAAAAGAUAAAAGAAACAACAAUGGACGGUAAAAACCAAAA